AUGCCAAAGGCAGCGACAACGUCGAGAAACCCGUUGGUGCCGCCCGAACGCGCGGUUCCCCGGUCGGCAGGGGCGGGAAGAUCACUUGCGCAGCCCAUAGAGACUUUGCCUGGGAGCGUGGCAGGUGGUCUUGAACCGACGUCGCAACGGCCAACGAAUGUUCGACAAGUAUCGGGGACGAAUUUCCCACGCAUCCAGAACCUUGAAUCAAGACGACAGAGAAGCAAACUGUCAAUGCUGAAAUUGACAUCUCCGCCGGCCGGUAGAAUGAUUACAAUCUGGAAGCUUGCCCCAGCGCUGGCGACAGGCAAUGUCCUGAUCAUCAAGAGUUCAGAGGUGUCUCCACUUUACGCUCAGCGAUUGGCGCAGCUCAUCAAGGAAGCAGGCAUUCCAGCUGGAGUAGUAAACAUCGUGACCGGCGAAGGAGCCGGCGCUGGCCAGGCUAUUUCCGAACAUAUGGAGGUCCGCAAAGUUGCAUUCACCGGCAGUGCAAUCGCAGGUCGCAAAAUCCUGGAAGCUGCGUCACGCACCAACUUAAAGAAAGUGAGCCUCGAGCUGGGCGGCAAAGGCCCGUCGAUUGUCUUCGACGAUUGCGAUCUUGAAAAUGCCCUGUUCUGGACGCGCAUUGGAAUUACCGCGAAUAAUGGGAAGCUUCUUCUGGGGCGUGAACGUCUUUCAAGAGAGCAGUCUUGA